ACUGAGGGCUCUGAUGCAGGGGUGUCUGCUCCUUGAGUCUGCUCCUGCCGCUGCUCCUGCUGCUGCUCCUCGAGAUGAACCUCCUGCUGCUCCUCAUUGUGGUCCUCACCUUCGGCUGGACAAAGGCACAGGACAGGACGUACCUGCUCACUGCACCUAAAGUUCUGCACUUGGGUGCAGCCGAAAGGCUGGUCAUCCAGCUCUUUGGCUACCAGCAGAACUCCAGCUCCAUCUUCACAGUGUCCCUCAAGAGCUACCCAGACAAGAGGAGGACGUUUGCCUCUGAGUCAGUGACACUCAAUGCUGGCACGCGUUUCCAGGGCGUGGCCACCCUGAGGCUCUUGCCCACAGAUUUUCCCAAAGAGGACAGCAGUGUGUACCUGGAGGCUCGGUCCAGCGACUUCACCACAGAGGAGAAGAUACUCGUCUCCCGUGACAACGGCUUCCUCUUCAUCCAGACAGACAAGCCCCUCUACACCCCUGAACAAUCAGUGAAGGUGCGAGUGUUCUCCCUCAACUCUGAGCUGAAGCCAGCGCGUCGACCCGUCACUCUCACGUUCAUGGAUCCCGAGGCAGUGAAGGUGGACAUAGUGGACCUGCAGGAUGUCACUGGAGUCAUCUCAAUGCCAAAUCCCUUCAAAAUCCCCCUGAAGCCAAAACUUGGAGUCUGGAAAAUAGAGGCAACCUACACCAGCGAUUACAGCACCAGAGCCACGGCUGAGUUUGAGGUCAAAGAAUAUGUUUUACCCAGCAUCUCCAUAAUUAUCCAGCCAGAGACCAACUACAUCAGCACAGCCACCUUCGAGACCUUCAAGCUAAAGGUGCUGGCCAGGUAUGUCCAUGGUACACCUGUGGCCAAUGCGCAGGUGUUUCUGAAGUUUGGAUACAUUGAUGGACAGAACACCAUUGUGAUACCAGCGUCGCUGACAAGAGAAGAGAUGCAGAAUGGGGAGGUGGAGGUGACCCUGUUCAUUCAGGAGGUGCUGAAGGCGCACGGGGACGGACCCACGACCCUGCGGGAGCUGGACGGGAAGUUCUUCUAUGUGGUCGUUACUGUGCAAGAGACGACAGGUGGGAUCUCCCAGGAGGCAGAGCUGGCCACAGUGAAGUUCUCCCACUCUCCGUACACACUGGGCCUGAUCGCCACUCCGCCCUUCAUCAAACCAGGACUGCCCUACUUCAUCAGGGUGCAGGUGAGGGACCCUGUGGGGCAGCCGGUGAGCAGGGUGGGGGUGACAGCACGGGCAUCCUUCACCAGCGAGCAGGAGGGAGAGAAACACCUGGAUCAUUCCGGAAGCAGAGAGCGCCAAGCCAGCCAGAGCGACGGCACCGUACUGUUCAUCUACAACUUCCCCACCGACGCCCGCACCGCCUCCUUCACUUUGCAGACAGCAGACCCGCAGCUGGAUGCUGCCAGUCAGGCCACGCUGAGCUACAGCGCUGACGCCUACAGGUCGGAGAACGGUCGCUACCUGUACAUCGACUGGGCCAGCGGCUACCAUGAGCUGCACGUUGGUGACUACGCCACCAUCAACGUUUACUUCUACCACCACCCCAGCCUGCAGAUCCCCUACUUUAGCUACCAGCUCGUCUCUAAGGGCCAGGUGGUGAAGUUUGAGACGCUACCCCGCGUGGGAUCCGCCAGCUUCCAGAGCAUCAACUUCGCAGUGACGCCCGACAUGGUGCCAUCCAUGCGCCUGCUGGUCUAUUACAUCAUGGAGGGGGAGGAGCGGGCAGAGCUGGUGGCCGACUCGGUGUGGAUCGACGUCAGAGCCCAGUGCAUCAGUGGCCUGAAGACGGAGUUGUUGCUUCCUGAUAAGCAGUAUAGGCCGAAGGAUAAUUUGCCGCUGAAGGUGAAAGCCAGGCAGGGCUCACUGGUGGCCUUUUCCUCAGUGGACACAGCCAUCUACAACCUCCGAGCUGCGAGCCACGAUCCUCUGACCACAGCACUGCGUCAUAUCGAACGCAGCGACCAAGGCUGCGGGGGGGGUGGCGGCAGAGACAACGCCGAUGUGUUCCGCCUCGCUGGCCUCACGUUCAUGACCAACGCCAACGCCAAGGCCAGCCCACCUGAAGACGGGACCUGCUCAGCAGUCGUGCGCCCCAAGCGCUCCACCAACAUCCAGGCAGCGACAAGGAAGAAAGCUCAGUCGUACAGGGACAUGGCACCGUGCUGCUUUGCGGGGAUGAAGCGCAUCCCGACCCUCGAGACGUGCGCAGCCCGGGCGCAGCGGCUGAACAAGCACCCCAGGUUCCCGGACCACGAGACCUGCAGGCGCACCUUCCGCGAGUGCUGCGAGUUCUACCUGAAGCUGUACGCCUCCUCCACCCACCAGCUCAUCCUGGCCCGCAUGGAGCUGGAGAUCCUGUAUGGUUUGGAGGCUCCCCAUGUGCGCAGUUUCUUCCCGGAGAGCUGGCUAUGGGAGGUGCACCCUGUGACCGACAGGUCAGGCCUGAUGUCUUUUCCAAAGUACCUGCCAGACUCCCUCACCACCUGGGAGAUAAAAGCUGUGGAGAUGUCCAGUGAGGGGCUGUGUGUCGCCGACCCGCUGAGGGUGCAGGUGACACAGGUGCUCAGUGUGGACGUACCCCUGCCCUACAGCAUGGUGCGCGGGGAGCAGGUGGAGCUGCGAGGGUCUGUGUACAACCAGCACAACCGGGAAUCCUGGUUCUGUGUGAAACUGGCGGCCCCCCCAGGGGUCUGCCUGUUCCAGGGAAAGAGGGUGGGACUCUCGCAGGUCACCCCCUGCACCCGGCAACCCUUGAAGGCGGAGUCUGUUUCCCUGGUGACCUUCACCCUACUGGCCCUGGAGGCGGGCAAUCACCGACUGAACUUCACCCUGACCUCUCCGCUGGGGUCCGAGACCGUCAUCAAGACGCUCCGCGUGGUGCCUGAGGGCAUCAGGACUGAGAUCCCUAAGGGUGGCACCCUGGACCCCCAGGGCGUGUACGGCCACAUGAAGAGGAGGCUGGAAUUCGACAACAACAUGCCCCCUAACCUGGUGCCCAAGUCGUCAGUGGACCGAGUCCUGUCAAUCAGCGGAGAGCUGCUGGGGUCAGUGAUAGCGAUCCUGAAUGACCCGACAGGGCUCAGUCAGCUGACCUCUCUGCCCCGCGGCUCUGCUGAGGUGGAGCUCAUGGGCCUGCUGCCCAUCUACUAUGUGUACCACUACCUGGAGAGUACGGACAGGUGGGACGUGAUGGGGGCAGACCACACCCACAAGCGCAUGGAGCUCAGAAGGAAGAUGAAGCAGGGGAUCACCAGCAUCAUGUCCUUCAGGAAGAAGGAGUCCAACAGCUACAGCAUGUGGACCAAUAAGGAGGCCAGCACCUGGCUGACGGCACUAGUGAUAAAGACUCUGGGGCAGGUGGAUAAAUAUGUGCAAGUGGACCGAAAGUCUCUGUGUAACUCCAUUUUCUGGCUGAAGACACACUGCCAGAACAGCGAUGGAUCCUUUAAAGAGCAUUCUACCUACAAACCUGUCAAGCUUAUGGGCGCUGGGGCGGACGUUACAGAGCAGACCGUCUUCCUCACGGCCUUCACUGCAAUCGGGAUCAGGAACGCCAUGGCGGUGCCGGACUGUGGGCUGAAGGAGUUCAAAGGUGUUCUGGACAACGCUGCCUUGUACCUGUCUCAGAACUUCCAGAGGCUGAAGAGCGUGUAUGUCCGAGCUAUCACUGCAUACGCUCUGGUGCUGGUGGACCAGGACAGCAUCCCGGCCCGCCAGCUGUACCAAUCCCUCCAGAAAGAUGCUGUUGUUAAAGGAAAUCCUGCUGUUAUUCGGUUCUGGAAGGAGAAAGACACCAGUCCCAACCCCUCGACCCCCAGUAAGCCAUCAGCACAGAGCGUGGAGACCACAGCCUACGUCCUUCUCAUUGCCCUGCUGUAUGGAAACCAGCAAUAUGCAGGGCCCAUCCUCAACUGGCUGACCCAGGAUCAGCGAUACGGAGGGGGCUUCCACUCCACACAGGAUACGAUCCUCACCCUGGAGGCAUUGACAGAGUACAGCCAGAAGGUCAGGCACACCGAGCUGAACAUGGACAUCCGAGCCUCUUACAGGAAGAAGGGCGAUCUGAAGCAGGUCUCGCUGUCUCAGAAGCACCCUGUGGCCCCGCCCAUCCAGGUGACGCACGAUGAUGAUGUCAUUGUGGUGACGGGCAGCAGCACAGGAGUGUCAGUGGUCAAUAUGAAAACUGUGUACUACAGCAUGACUCAUUCCAACGAGCACUGCCACUUUGAGCUGACCAUCGAGAGCCACCCAGCGGUGGAGCAGUCCACAGAUCCUAUGCUGAUGUCCCCACGAAUCGUUGCCUGUGCAAAGUACAAUCCUCCUGAGAAUGAAGUAUUCAUGGAGUCCUCCCACACUGUCAUGGAGAUUCACCUGCCCACAGGUGUGCAGCCUGUACAGGAGGAUCUGGAUAUGAUGCAGAAUUCACUUGAGUCCAGAAUCUCCUACUAUGAGAUCCAGGAAGACCAGGUGCUUCUUCAGCUGGACUCAGUUCCAGUGAGCAAUUACCUGUGCGUGGGGUUCCGGAUUCAGGAGAUGUUCCGCACCGGCAUGGCCAGUUCCUCCCUAUUCAAGGUGUACGAGUACCACGCGCCAGAGAACCAGUGUUCCAAGCUGUACUACCCCCACGGGGAGCGGCGGCUUCUGCGUCUGUGUGAGGGCCUUGAGUGCCAGUGCAUGGCAGCGGAGUGCAGCAGCUUCAAACCCCCCAUGGACCUCACCAUCACCGCUGAUGAACGACUGAAGGCUGUGUGCCAAGACCACAUCAAAUACGUCUUUAAAGUGAAGAUGGAGUCCUCCGAAGCAGAGGGGGACUUCGUGAGUUACACAGCAAAAAUCAAGGACGUCUAUAAAAAGGACACUGAGGACGUGAAGAGAAACACAGAGGUGACAUUUGUGAAAAAGGCGACGUGCAGCUCUGUGGACCUGACGCCUGGGAGCCAGUAUCUCAUCAUGGGCACUGAGGUCAUGCAGAUAGAGGUCGACAGGAGCUAUAAAUACAAGUUUCCCCUGGACUCUCAGACGUGGGUGGAGAGGUGGCCAGAUGCAGACAGCUGCAGAGACAGCACCUGCACAGACUUUGUGAAAAUCCUGGAAGACUUUUCCUUCACUUUCCUGAUAGAGGGCUGUGGACUGAAGUAGUAUUCUCUUAACCUGUGAACAGAAGAAACACCUCACUGCUUCAAAAGAAUGACUUACAUCAGUGAAACAAAUAUUUUAAUCAAUACUGUUGUGGAGUAAAUACAUGAAUGUAUGUAUGAUGAGGAAAAAAAUGAUAAAGGAGUCAAAAAA